AAUGCUCACAAUUUAAACUCUACUGCCUGCCUCUCCCCCUGUUAAAAACCCUGCAUGUUUUUGAAAUGUCCUCUCCUGAUUGCCUAUCUUGGUGAGCUCACCUAGCAGGUUACCUUUUUUUGUGUGCAUCUCACUGCCCGACGAACUGUGCUGGUUUCACACUGAGAGAGAAGUACCAGACAUGACCCUCUCUGGAGCAGGAAAGAAGUAUUGGAUCUCCUUGGCUUGUGGGAAGAAGAGGCUGUGCAAGCUAUGGAACAGCUGUAGAAAUGUGGACAUCUACGAAUAGAUUGUAUGGGGGAUGCUGACAAAGGGGCAUGACAGGGAUCAGCAUCCAUGUGUAAAAGUGAAGGAACUUCAACAGAGAUACCACAAGGCCAAGAAGGGCAAGAAGAAAUCCUGGUGUUGCCCUGUAGAUCUGCCACUUUUGCAAUGAACUACAUGCCAUACUUGGUGGUGGUCUCACUAGCACCCCACAGACCACUUUGGCUACCUGGGAGGAGCCUGAGACGGGGAUGUCUGCCAUGAACAGCGAGGAAGAAGAUAGGGAAGACUGGACGGGGGACUUCAACCAUGCCGCGAGCCAAGACCCAUUUGAAGCUCAGCAGGAGUCUAGUGAGUCAUGCCAGCAGCUUCUGGCGUGGUGGCUUUGGAAGGUAUCCCUUCCAUGGCCACAGAAUGCCUGACUAUGAGGAGGAAGAGAAGGAAGAAGACUAGGGAACACAUGUUCUGCAAGAUCCUGUGAGCCAGUGCUGCACUGAACCGUGAACGAAGGGCUUGAAUGGUUGGAAGGCACUUACCCAAGCACCCUGCAGGCAGCCACCUCUCCAUGAGUCCAGGAUGUCAAGAUAAUUCACUGCUAAAAAGGGAUGAACAAAACCAUGAACUUCAUACUCCUCCCCUGAAUAGGAACUUCUCAGGAUAUAACCAAAAGAAACUUCAGGAGGAAAAUACUAAAUUAAAGCAUGAACUAGGAGACUUAAGAAGUCAAUAUGAACAGCUUAUAGAAGAAGGGAAGAGUGAAUAUUUUGAUGAAAGACGUGUCAGUCUUUUGAAGGCACAAGUAAUGUAGCUGGAGAGGCAGGUGGUCCUACUUACUGAAGGAUUAAGUUCUCGAGCAGUCCUUAUGCUGGAGUUAAAGAAUUCUUUAGAGUCUCUGACUGAGAAACUCAGGUCUUUACUUGACUUUGAAAACCAUUUCUCUGAAGUACUAGUUGCCCAAGCUGAACUUAUACAAAUGAUUGAAUUAUGUCAGGCCCUGAGAAAUAGACUGCAAAGAAAUCAUCAAGCAACUGGUAUGGAUAAUCUUGCAUUAUCGUGGAUGAUAUCAGGAAGAAACCUAGAAAAACAACCUCUGACCCUUCCCAUAGACCUUUGCUAUGGGAAGACAGAAAACUUAAACCUACGAUAUCCGAUACAUGCUCUGCAGGCUGAACUCAAUUUCCAUAGAAGCAUAUACAACCUCCAAGUUAAGUACACUGAAGCUGUUUUUGAGGGGAUAAAGCAAGCCUACCACACUUUUCAAGAGAAUGUUGUGUCAGUUCUGUGUUCACCGCUACAAGAUGUUCUUUCUUCUUACAUAAACCUUAAAGCGGAAGCUUCAGAGGUUGCUUUAAGGGACUUUCUCACUGCUUUUAAAAACAAUGCUGAACAGAUCCAAAAUACAGUUGACACUUUGACUCCAUCAAAGAAUCAGCAUCACGAAGGUGAUGAGGCCCUGUCAAGGUUUGGAAAAGAAUUCUUCCUCUCUUUGGAGCAUUCACUCAAAGACUGUGGGGAACAACGGGAUAAAGCAGCCAGUGAAAUGGAAACCUUACAAACUGAACUGGCUUUGGCCUUUGAAAACCUUCAGAGCUUAAGAAAGGAACGAAAAGAGAAGAAAGCAGAAUCCAUUCCUCAUUUUACAAAGUCUGAAGGGGGGAGAGUGCAGGAGGAGGAGCUGCAAGCGGCUUGGAUAAGAUUUCAAAAGAUAACCCAGUGCCAGAUUCAACACCCCUGCCUCCUCCACACAGUGAGAGUCUUUUGCCCAAACAUGUGUCUGCGGUGGCAGCUCAUCAGCCAAGCUGCAGCAGCAGAGUUCUACGGGGUUAGCCCUUCACCAGAAGGGGAAGAGCUCCCACAGGAGUAAGAGCGUGAAGCCCACUGCAAGGCCACCUUGGCAAGAUCAACCAUCACUUUAAUAUCUUUUUCUUCAAAAAUGGUCUGAGCUAGUUUGUAAUAUUAUGUGUUAUGAUGAACUCCAGGGGCAAGGGGCAAUCCUGCAAGGUGUUGGGAAAAGAAUUAAGUCAAGAGGACUGAGGGCACUCAACACCUUGUAAAUGGUGUUGGAAACCUCAUAGGGGGCCCGAUCAAAGCUCAUUAAAGUCAGUGACAAGAAUUCCCAUCCAUGGGCUUUGGAUCAGGUCCUUAGUAUUCAUGCUAGAAUGCAUGAAAACAGAAGGACAGAAAUAGAGGGCUGGUGUUAAACUAGAACGAAUAGCUUUUGAAGAGGUAAUAUUUGCACUCAGCACAUGGACUGUACUAAUGUUAUGCUGGAUGUAUGUGCUGUUUCAUCACAGAUGUGUUUUUACACCUUAUGAAGAUUAUAGAAUGACUAAAAAAAUAAAUCGCUGGCACCAGGCUUGGUUUUGUUUCAUUACCAAAAACACGUAGUGGGCUUGACAGACCACAACCAUAUGACAAAUGUUUAUAAAUUUGUUUUUACUUGACAUGGCAUCUGUGUUGAAAGAAAAUCUCUCUAGAUUCCCAUGCUCAUGUGAAUGAUAAAACUCUUGAAUGCCCCAAAUUACUACAUAUGCAAGGGGAAAAGGACUGCGUUCACAAUGUUUACUGAUAACAAAUGGUUUUGGAGAGCCUUACUUUACUGAGAACAACAAUGUAAAUAAGUCAGAAUUGAGUGUGUAAUGUUUCCUGUUUUUAAAAUUUGAUAUUAUUAUAUUUGUAUUCUAAAUCACUUUUUUGUUAAUUCUAAAGAAUAUAAAGUUUUAUUUUCUGGUGAGUGAAAAAUUGAAGUUGCAGACAUAGAAUUUUUGUUGUAUUUCUAUUACUGUUCUUCCUUCCUUUUUCAUAGUACUAGUACGAUCGGAAGGUCCAUUGGAGCAUUUAACUUUCCAAAGAGCCUGGAUGUUGGGAUGGUGCAGACAGGAAUGCAAUAACUGAAAUAUUUGCUUGUGUCAUUUUUCUCUGUUCUACCAAAAGCAAGUGUUCUGCAAUGAUUACACCAACCACUUCAAGAGAGCUGCUGUGAAUUCACAAGUGUGAUUAAUUCGCUGGCUGUAAUAGA